AUGGUCGCACAAGAAUGUGAUACAGCCUCGACGGCCGCCAUUUUCUUUCUUUCUUAGCAGUUGGCUGAGAGGUCCCUGCGAAGAAGCGGUAGCGGCCACUGUAGAGUAGGCAUGGCAGAUUAUUCAACAGUGCCUCCACCCUCCUCUGGCUCAGCUGGUGGUGGAGGCGGCGGCGGUGGUGGUGGAGGAGUUAACGAUGCUUUCAAAGAUGCGCUGCAGAGAGCCCGACAGAUUGCAGCAAAAAUUGGAGGUGAUGCUGGUACAUCACUGAAUUCAAAUGACUAUGGUUAUGGGGGACAGAAAAGACCUUUGGAAGAUGGAGAUGGCUCUUGGACAAGUCCGAGCAGUACAACACACUGGGAGGGAAUGCCCUCUCCUUUUAAAGAUCAGCCAGAUGCUAAGAAAGUUGCUCCUCAAAAUGACUCUUUCGGAACACAGUUACCACCGAUGCAUCAGCAGCAAAGGUCUGUAAUGACAGAAGAAUACAAAGUUCCAGAUGGGAUGGUUGGAUUUAUAAUUGGCAGAGGAGGUGAACAGAUCUCACGCAUACAACAGGAAUCUGGAUGCAAAAUACAGAUAGCUCCUGACAGCGGUGGCCUUCCAGAAAGGUCUUGUAUGUUAACUGGAACCCCUGAGUCUGUCCAAUCAGCAAAACGGUUACUGGACCAGAUUGUUGAAAAAGGAAGACCAGCCCCUGGCUUCCACCAUGGUGAUGGGCCAGGAAAUGCGGUUCAAGAAAUCAUGAUUCCAGCUAGCAAAGCAGGAUUAGUCAUUGGAAAGGGGGGAGAGACUAUUAAACAACUUCAGGAACGGGCUGGAGUUAAAAUGGUUAUGAUCCAAGAUGGACCUCAGAACACUGGUGCUGACAAACCUCUUAGGAUUACAGGGGACCCAUACAAAGUUCAACAAGCCAAGGAAAUGGUGUUAGAAUUAAUUCGUGAUCAAGGUGGCUUCAGAGAAGUUCGAAAUGAGUAUGGGUCAAGAAUAGGAGGAAAUGAAGGAAUAGAUGUCCCCAUUCCAAGAUUUGCUGUUGGCAUCGUAAUAGGAAGAAAUGGAGAGAUGAUUAAAAAAAUACAAAAUGAUGCUGGUGUUCGAAUUCAGUUUAAGCCAGAUGACGGAACGACACCAGAUAGAAUAGCACAAAUAACAGGACCUCCAGACCGAUGUCAACAUGCUGCAGAAAUUAUUACAGACCUUCUUCGAAGUGUUCAGGCUGGUAAUCCUGGUGGACCUGGACCUGGUGGUCGAGGAAGAGGUAGAGGUCAAGGCAACUGGAACAUGGGACCACCUGGUGGACUACAGGAAUUUAAUUUCAUUGUACCGACUGGGAAAACUGGAUUAAUAAUAGGAAAAGGAGGCGAAACCAUAAAAAGCAUAAGCCAACAGUCUGGUGCAAGAAUAGAACUUCAGAGAAAUCCUCCACCUAAUGCAGAUCCUAAUAUGAAGUUAUUUACAAUUCGUGGCACUCCACAGCAAAUAGACUAUGCUCGGCAACUCAUAGAAGAAAAGAUUGGUGGCCCAGUAAAUCCUUUAGGGCCACCUGUACCCCAUGGGCCCCAUGGUGUCCCAGGCCCCCAUGGGCCUCCUGGGCCCCCUGGGCCUGGAACUCCAAUGGGACCAUAUAACCCUGCACCUUAUAAUCCGGGACCACCUGGCCCUGCUCCUCAUGGUCCUCCAGCCCCUUAUGCUCCCCAGGGGUGGGGAAAUGCAUAUCCACAUUGGCAGCAACAGGCCCCUCCAGAUCCAGCUAAAACAGGAACAGAUCCAAAUUCAGCAGCUUGGGCUGCUUAUUAUGCUCACUAUUAUCAACAACAAGCACAGCCACCGCCUGCAGCUCCUGCCGGUGCACCAACUACAACCCAGACCAAUGGACAAGGAGAUCAGCAGAAUCCAGCUCCAGCUGGACAGGUUGAUUAUACCAAGGCUUGGGAAGAGUACUACAAGAAAAUGGGUCAAGCAGUUCCUGCCCCUACUGGUGCUCCACCAGGUGGUCAGCCAGAUUAUAGUGCAGCCUGGGCUGAGUACUAUAGACAACAAGCAGCCUACUACGCCCAGACAAGUCCCCAGGGAAUGCCACAGCAUCCUCCAGCACCUCAGUGCCUUCCCAGACCUUCCACCUUAGGUUCUGCUGCAAAAAGCAACAGUGCUGAAGAUGCUGCAAGCACCAAAUCAUAGCUCAUAAAAUCAGGUCCUGAGAUAGUUACCCAUAAGAGGAAUCCUUUGAGUGUAUGCCAUUGGUGAGCCGAUGAGCAUGGACCAUAGAAGGGCUCAAUGUAGAAGGUAAAAUUGGCAAAUCAUAAUUGAGAAAAAUGAAAUGUUUUCCCAUACAUAAUAUAUGGUAUAGGGUGUAAUGUACCUGCUUUGAUCACUUUUCAUUUUAAAGUGCUAUUCACUUGAUCUUAAAUGUUCCAUGAACUGUUAAAUUUUGAAAGUUAUGUAGUUAUUGCACCACAUUUAUGUGUGUGUAUGUGUGUUUUAAUAGUCAAUGAUAGGUAUGUUAAGAUUGAUAUUAAGGAGCUCUUUGAACCUUAAGAGCCUGUCAAGUUUUGGUUAGUUGUAGUUUGCAUUUUUAUAAAAGAAAAUACAUAUGAAUGCUGAUAGAUAUUGGGGCAUUGUUUCUGUCUCAUGAGAAUUUUUUUUAUUCAUUAUCAUAAGCCUUCACUGAUACUGCAAGCAUUUUUUAAAUGGCGCUAAUCUUAACCUUGAAAUAAAUGGAAAGCAGAACAGGUGAGCCAGUUGAUUUGAAUGCAAUGGAUGUUAGGAGUGGUAGAAAGAAUGUUUAGCUUGAAAUUGAUUUAUUUUAUUUAGCACUUAAACUUGACAAUGUGUUUUUGUUUUUAAGAUUUCUUAGUGUGGUAGUACUUAGAAUUUUUAUGGUUUGAUGUUUCUUUUAGAAAUGGGAAGUAUACUUUUAUUUUUUAUUAAUGAAAAUGGUUUUAAUACUAAAACGAGUGGUUUAAUACUAGUUGUUUAUGAGCAUUGUAAAAUACAUCCUUAGACAGAUACCUUAGUAGUUAAUGUACAGGAGUGGGUUUGGAGAGGAGUAAAUAGUACCUUAAGAGGGAAAUAGAAAUGUAUUCAAAGUGAUAACAUUUGUUUGAAUACUCUGCCAGGAGAACCACUUCUACCUGCAAAGUUAUGUUGUCUAGAAUAAGGUUGUAGAAAUUACUAAUUAAUGAAGAUGUCUUUAUUUUCUGAAAAUUCUGCCUCACUUUAAAAUGUAUUUUAACAAUACCUAGUUAAAGGUAAUUUUGACUCUGAAAAUAACCUUAUUUUUUGUUUAGUCACUUGACUUUUCUUGCCACAGUAAACUUUUGAGGGAUUUUUUUAAAUUGGUGCUUUUAGGAAAGCAAAUAAGUCCCAGGAUUUUAUUUUCUUCAGUGAUACCCCUAUAGAAACUCUUAAAUGUAUUUGCACAUAUAUAUAUAUUUUUUCUUAUGCAUGCUCAAUGCAUUUUCGUCCUGAGAAAAGUGUUCUCUACAGAAACUACCCGUGUAAAAAGAAGAUUGGCUUAAAAUGGCUACUGUGAUGGGAACAGUGUCUUAGGGAGAUGCAGCUUGGACUUGAGGUAAAUUGAAUACUUUACAAACCGUGGUUUAGAGUUUGCUUUAAUACCAUUGUAUGUAAAAGGGUACAUGAUUGCUGUAAUUUUGUAUUGAUUAUGGUUUCCUCAAUAAAAAAAUAAAUGUA